AUGACUAUCCUCAUUGUAAAUACGCUACACGUUUUAGUCUUCACCACAGCUCUGCCAGGUAAUGGCAACCCCAUCCUCCCCCAGGCUCAGGCACCCUCGUCUCCUCACACCCCACACCCAGCCUGCCCCCGUCGUCUCUCGCUAGGUUACUGCAGCGGCCUCCCUGCAGGCCUCCCUGCUUCUGCUCUUGUCCUGGACCUCACCGUGGCAGGUAAGCAGCCCCCAGGCGGCUUCCUCGCUCUGGCCCUGACCUGUGUCUUGGUGCUGGCCGGCAGGCCCUCACUUGCCUCAUCAGAGAUCUCCAGAUUGAGCAUCCAGCAGCUGCAGCUCGUGCGGGGCCCCUACUGGAUCUUGCUGACAGCCCAGGAGCUCACCUUCAUCCACCGGCCCCCGAGCAGAUGGGGUCUUGGCCACGCCCUCUGGAGGCUGCGCGUGGACAGUGCAAGUGAAUCAAGAAGUGUCGCAGAUGGCGGGAGCCUGAGGUCAGUGGCCCAGGGGUCAGCAAGGAGCCUGCCAGGCCCUCAGGAGCCCCCAGCCCCUCAGGAGCCCACCAGUGUGGCUCUGUACCAGGGAGAGUGGGUGUGGCUGAAGACGUCUGAAGCUGGCGCAGCCUCCUGAGAAAGGCCGAGAUCCCUAUUCUAUGUCCACACUCUGAGAGAGCUGCGGCAUGAGAACAUUGCCACCUUCCUGGGCUUCUUUGUGGCCCCUGGGGUCAGUGCUCUUUUGUUGGAGCACUGUGCCCGGGGCAGCCUGGAGGACCUGCUGCGGAAUGAGGCUCUGCGGCUGGACUGGACUUUCAAGGCCUCCCUGGUGCUGGAUAUGAUCCGUGGUGUGUGGUAUCUGCACCAUCGGCAUUUCCCUCAUGGCUGCCUCAAGUCCCGAAACUGUGUGGUGGCUGGAUGCUUUGUGCUGAAGGUCACUGACCACGGUUAUGCAGAGCUCCUGGACGCUCAGUGGGCUCCCCGCCCCCGGCCAGCCUCGGAAGAGCUGCUGUGGACAGCUCCAGAGCUGCUGCGGGGGCCCGGGGAACCCGGGUGGGGCACCCUCAAAGGAGACACCUUCAGCGUCGGCAUCAUCCCGCAGGAGGUGCUGACUUGGGGCCUGCACUAUGGUUUCCCAGGGCUCUCAGCGGAAGAAAUCAUCAGGAAGGUGGUGUCUCCCCCUCGCCUGUGCCGGCCACUGGUGUCUCCUGACCACGGGCCACCUGAGUGCAUCCAGCUGAUGGAGCAGUGCUGGGAGGAGGCUCCGGAGGACAGACCCAACCUGGACCAGAUCUAUACCCAGUUCAAAAGCAUCAACCAAGGCAAGAAGACCAAUGUUGCUGACUCUAUGCUGCGGUUGCUGGAGAAGUAUUCCCAGAACCUGGAGGACCUGAUCCAGGAGUGGACUGAGGAGCUGGAGUUGGAGAGACAGAAGAUGGAAAGGUUGCUCUCUCAGAUGCUCCUGCCGUCUGUGGCUGAAGCUCUGAAAAUGGGGGCAACUGUGGAGCCAGAGUACUUUGACCAGGUUACCAUAUACUUCAGUGACACUGUAGGCUUUACCACCAUCUCAGCCCUGAGUGAGCCCAUUGAGGUGGUGGGCUUGCUCAAUGACCUCUACACACUGUUUGAUGCUGUUCUGGGCAACCAUGACGUGUAUAAGGUGGAGACCAUCGGGGAUGCCUAAAUGGUGGCAACAGGGCUGCCCCAGCGCAACAGGAGCCAGCAUGCAGCUGAGAUCACCAACAUGGCCUUGGACAUCCUCAGCUCUGUGGGCGACUUCCGGAUGAGGCAUGUGCCCACUGUGUCCAUUCGCAUCAGGGCUGGACUGCAUUCAGAGCCCUGCAUGGCGGGGGUUGUGGGUCUCACCAUGUCUCAGUACUGCCUCUCUGGGGACACAGUUAACACCGCAUCCCGGAUGGAGUCUACAGGGAUACCAUACAGAAUUCAUGUCUGCAUAAGCACCGCCCAGACACUGCUCAGCCUGGAUGAAGGCUACAAAAUUGAUAUCAGAGGCCAGACUGAGCUAAAGGGGAGGGGCUUCAAGGAGACCUACUGGCUGGUGGGGAAGGCGGGCUUCCCCAGACGCCUCCCCACACCUCUGGACAUCAAACCCCGGCUGCCGUCCUCUGACCUCACAGCCGUCGGGCCUCCACCCCACUUCUGCCUCCGUGGGCAGCCAGCCUUCUCAGAAGGCCCGUCUGCCGACGCUGACUGCACUUCCUCAUCUUCCUCUCCUGCCGGCCCUCGCAGCCUGACUUCCACCACCACUCACCCAGAAGGCUCUGUGAGCUCCCAGCCCUGCUCCAACCCACCCCGUCCUGGCAGUGGGAACCGGCAGGUCUGGCAGCCGUUCGUCAUCCUGAGCUCUCUCAGCUGA